ACAUCUACAUUAAAAAUGAAAAAUAAAAAAUAAAAUAAAACCCAAUUCCUCGUCUCCUUCCUCGUCUUCCUCACAUUCGCCCGGUCACUCUCUUAUUCACAGCACGAACACACCGUUUCUCUCGCACAACACUCUCUCCGCUUCCAAUUCAGGUGUUAAUUUCUGUGCCAGUUACAUCAGGAUGGUUGUGCUUGCGGCUUCUAUAGUGAGCAAGAAUGGUAAAGUGCUUGUUUCGAGGCAGUUUGUGGACAUGUCUCGGAUAAGAAUUGAAGGUCUCCUUGCUGCUUUUCCCAAGUUGAUAGGGUCUGGAAAGCAGCAUACUUAUGUUGAGACUGAGAAUGUGCGUUAUGUUUACCAGCCAAUAGAGGCUAUGUACUUGCUGCUUGUUACGAAUAAACAGAGCAACAUUCUUGAAGAUUUGGACACUCUGAGGCUGCUCUCUAAACUGGUACCUGAGUAUACCAUGUCUCUUGAUGAAGAGGGUAUUUGUCAAACAGCUUUUGAGCUGAUCUUUGCAUUUGAUGAGGUUAUCUCUCUUGGGCACAAGGAAAAUGUUACUGUUGCCCAGGUUAAGCAGUACUGUGAGAUGGAGAGUCAUGAAGAGAAAUUGCACAAGCUGGUAUUGCAGAAUAAGAUUGAUGAGACCAAGCGUAGAAUGAAGGAAGAAGCUAGUAAGAUUGACCAAAUGAAGAUUGAAAAGAAUAGAGGUAAUAAAGGAGGUUUUAUGUCUUCAAUGGGCUCUGGAAGAAUUGAGAGCAGCUUUAAUGAUAUGAGCAUUUCCAGUGGCGGAGGAGGUGGUUUUGGAAGUGGAUCUGGGUUUGGAUUGACCAGUGAUGUUGACUCAUUUUCCAGCAAGCCUAAAGGUCGUCAACCUUCAUCUGCCACUGCUCCUCCCAAAGGCCUUGGCAUGAAGCUCGGCAAAACCCAAAGGACAAACCAGUUUUUGGAAUCCUUGAAAGCAGAAGGUGAAAUGAUCGUUGAAGAUGUGCAGCCAUCGAAAUCAACCCAGUAUACAUCAGCUGCUCAAAAACUAACUGAUCCUGUCACUUUGACUGCUGAGGAGAAACUCAAUGUCACUCUAAAACGGGAUGGUGGAAUGAGUCACUUUGAUGUUCAAGGGCAUUUAUCACUUCAAAUUCUUAACCAAGAAGACGGGCUCAUCCAAGUUCAGAUUGAAACUGGGGGGAAUCCAGGUGUCAUUUUCAAGACACAUCCUAACGUGAACAAAGAAUUAUUUGCUAAUGAAAACAUUUUGGGCUUGAGGGAUCCCAGCAGACCUUUCCCCGCUUGUCAAACUGGGGAUGCAGGUGUUGGUCUUUUGAAGUGGAGAAUGCAAAGUGUUGAUGAGUCAAUGGUGCCCUUGACAAUCAACUGCUGGCCAUCUGAGUCUGGAAAUGAAACAUAUGUCAGCAUCGAGUAUGAAGCGUCAUCCAUGUUUGAUCUACGAAAUGUUGUGAUCGCAGUUCCUCUACCAGCCCUUCGAGAGGCACCAAAUGUUAGGCAGAUUGAUGGGGAAUGGAAGUACGACGCAAGAAAUUCCAUCCUAGAAUGGUCCAUUCUUCUCAUUGAUAACUCAAACCGCAGUGGAUCAAUGGAGUUUGUUGUGCCAUCAGGAGACUCAUCGGCAUUCUUUCCCAUUACUGUUCAGUUUUCAGCCACUAGCACAUACAGUGAGCUAAAGGUUGCCAAUAUCCUGCCCCUGAAAGGUGGAGCUCCUCCCAAGUUUUCCCAGAGGACUCAAUUGAUCACAGAGAAUUACCAAGUGGUCUGAGUGAUAGAUACUUCGCUUGAAUGCACCGAAGUAUGAGUUAUCUCCGAACUAUUUAGUGUUUGUUAUAAAAUUUGAUGAGUACGUUCGCAAUUUUGAAAUUAUUGAUCUGGCAUCUAAUGCACUUAAUUCUGUCUAGUUUCUUUUUCUUAUUGUUAGUGUAAAUAACCUCCAUGGAAACUGGCUACUUUCUCUUUUCUUAUUGUUAUUUCUAUUAUUUGUAGAUGAUAAACAAUAUAUACAA